CUGGCAAGCUUGUUUCCCCAGCAAAUGGCCCUUUCCAAAAUGGCACGCUCGUGAAUCGUCAGAUCAUUGCCCCGUUUUUCUAUCCGACCAGUCACUCGAUCCCACCCCGGGAAAAUCUAUGAUUGGACGCCGGGUAAAAGGACGCUCAGAUUGAGGAGAUUGAUUUCUCGGCCAUCGCUUGUUUCCCCAGCCAGAAUCGAAGACGCAGAGAAUUCAAAUUUUGAUCGAAACGUCCUGAUCGAUUCAUUUCUCAGGUGAUCAACGAAGCGUGACCUCGGGUAAUCUGUCCUCGUAGUUUUUGGGAUUGACAUUACUUUACUUGUUACUGAAGAAACUUGAUGAGCUGUUUCUUGCUAAUUUUUGGUUGAUAGUUCAAUCUUAGCCGAGAGAACAGGAUAGCCGUAAUGGAUGAUACCUGCGCUGUUUGUGCUGAGACACUUGAGUGGGUUUCAUAUGGAACAUGUGGCCAUCGUGAGGUCUGCUCCACUUGUGUGGCUCGUCUCCGUUUUAUCUGUGAGGAUCAUCGCUGCUGCCUCUGCAAAUCUGAAUCCAAUAUCAUCUUUGUUACUAAGGCUUUAGGAGACUACACAAGGACGAUUAAGGACUUCUCAGCAUUCCCAGCUGAUCCAAAAGAGGGUCGAGUUGGGUCAUACUGGUAUCAUGAAGACACACAAGCAUAUUUUGAUGAUUUGGAUCACUACAAGAUGAUCAAGGCGAUGUGUAGGCUUUCAUGCUGUGUCUGUGACAGGAUGGAUGAACAAGGAAAUGAAGGGUCAAAGAGAAAGGGGAGGUUUAGAAGCAUUGAGCAGCUGAAGGGUCAUUUGUUCCAUCAACAUAGGCUAUUCAUGUGUAGUCUGUGCCUGGAAGGCAGGAAGAUAUUUGUGUGUGAGCAAAAAUUAUAUACCCGAACUCAGUUGAAUCAACAUAUAAAAACAGGUGACUCAGAGGUUGAUGGCAGUGAGAGUGAAAGAGGUGGUUUUGCUGGGCAUCCUAUGUGUGAAUUUUGUCGAAAUCCUUUUUAUGGGGAUAAUGAGCUAUAUAUGCAUAUGUCUACUGAACAUUACACUUGCCAUAUAUGCCAAAGGCAACACCCAGGACACUACGAAUAUUAUAAGAAUUAUGAUGACCUAGAGAUACAUUUUCGGGGAGGGCAUUUCUUAUGUGAAGAUGAGUGCUGCCUUGCUAAAAAGUUUGUUGUUUUUGCAACUGAAUCUGAAAUGAAGAGGCACAAUACCAUGGAACAUGGAGGGCGCAUGUCUCGAUCCAGGCGCAAUGCCGCUCUUCAGAUACCAACAAGUUUCCAAUUUCGACGAAGGAAUGAGCGAGAUCUCAAUGGAAGAGAACGUGAUUUUUUUUCUGAUUCAACCAAUGAUCAACUUUAUUUGGCCAUUCAAUCUAGUCUGGAAACUGCUAAUGCAGAUGCAUUCAAUGAUACUGUUUCUAGUGCCCAAGCAAUUUCUAAUCUCAGAGGAACUAGGGAAGUUGAUUCCAUUCUACAAUCAUUUGAAUCACUAGCUUGCAUGGAUUCAGAGCUGUCUUCAAGGUCCACUCAGGGUAUGAGGCAAAACUCCCAGAACACACCAUUGGAAAUAUCCUCUUUUCCUCCACUUCCUUCAGCUCCAAGCAACAGUAAACGGAAGACCAAAAAGAAAAAGGUGCUGGGUAGGAAUGCAAUGGCCGCCUGCCCUCAUCCCCAAAGUAAUGGAACCAUAAAUGGUUUCAAUUCAUCUCAGGCUUGGCCACUUGUGAGACAUCAGCCUAUGUCAUCAGGUAGCGUUUCUUCACAUUCAAGGCCAAUAUCAAAUUCUGGACCUGCAUUGUCAUCCAGUUCUGUCAGUUCUUCCUUGGGUAAGCCUGCUACAGUUAAUGGACUUGUGCAUUGUAGUUAUGCAAGCCCUGCCCAAGCGACUCAAGCAUCAGUUAAUGGACUUGCGUCGUCUAUUUCUGCAAGUUCAUCUAAGAAUUCAAGCAGCAGAAGUAAGGUUCAGCAUUCAAAUUUGGCUCCAAACCUUGCAGAUGGAGGAUCUUUUCACUCUUCUACAUCUGAUUUUCCCCCAGUUUCUGCCGCACAAACAAAAAAUCAAUUGCCCAUGAGCACCCAACCGUUGCUAAAGGCAGAAGAUGUUCAUGUUGCCAACAAGUCUCUGACCAAAAGAAUCCAUGCUGCCUUAGAAUUCGACAAGGAUAAAUACUCAGCUUUCAAAAUAAUAUCGGUAGAAUAUCGUCAAGGUCUGAUUGGAACUGGGGAAUAUCUUGCAUAUGUGCAUCAGUUUGGUCUGUCACAUCUUAUUCUUGAGCUAGCUAAGCUGUGUCCUGAUGUUCAAAAGCAAAAAGAGCUUCUCGAGGCUUACAAUGCCAAUUUGGGCAAUGGUCCUUGUGAUGGUAGUGUGGGAAAUGAUAGUGUUAAGCUAAAAAGCAAAAAAAGUUCCAAAAAAGGUAAGGAGAAGUGUGAAGAGAAUGGGACCAGUGACCUGAGAGUUACUUUAGCAGAUAGCAUUAUAAACACUGUGAGAAGGUUCCAGUCAAGUAAUAUGCCUUCUGAAAAAGUAGAGGUCUUAUCAAAAGAUGGGUAUCGUUCUGCCAAAGGCAAAGGUAAGAUUUUAGUUUCAGAUGAACCGGCUGUCCCAGAUUCUGCGAUUCAGCCAUUAACAGAGUCAAGGAGCGUAACUGAUUCAGAGUCAGCUGAUGGUUGUUUGAAGAAAAAUUUAGGAAUUGGAGGAGCAGGGCAUAAGCAACGGAAAAAGACCUCAAAAUUUCAUAGAAACCGUCUAGGUGAUGGUUCACCAGGAGCUACUUUAGAUGUCAACAAUGUCAUCCCUGCUCCGGCUGAAGAAAAAUCAGCAGAAAUAACAAGUUCUUAUGAUAGGCUGCCAGUUUCUUUGAACGGGCGUCCAGUUCAUGGAGCUUGGAGGAACCAGGGAGGCCAACGGCUUGUGGCAAUUACACUGAGAAAGUGAUAAAUUCGACAAAACGAAUUAUCAGUUUUCUCAAAUGUUGGUUGGGAGGCUGUUGUUUGUAAUUACAGAAGUGCAAUGCUUCUUAUACAGUUUCUGCUGCUUACAAUAUAUAUAUAUAUAUAUAUAUAUAUAGAGAGAGAGAGAGAGAGAGAGGUGACCAUAGGGUUCUAAGUUAUGAUUGGUGUUUGGAUUUUGGGGUCUGGAUUUUUGCUUUUGUUUGGUUUUGGCCAUAUGGCAACUGGCAAGUAUGGUUACCCCCUUUUUCCAAUGUCAAUACAACAUCAACUGCAUUGCUAGGUGAAAUUUGGAACAGAGAUGAGCUUUUGUUUUUUUGUUUUGUUUGAUUAUGUUUGUUUAUUGUGUGUUAUACUUUUAAUGAAAGGAAAGAAAUGGAAGGAACUGUUUGUA